AUGGAAUAUUACGAAAAGGCCACCAAAUUUUUGGACUUCAUUUUUUAUAUUUAUUUUUUCAUACCAAUCUUGUGUCUCAUUAUACACAACAUAAUUCUAUACUCAGGUCCUCGAACGAGACGACCGAAAAAACCUCCCGGGGAUACAACCAACGAUGAGAAACGACCCCGGACUGCCUUUUCUGGACCACAACUUGCUAGAUUAAAGCACGAGUUCGCCGAAAACCGCUACCUGACGGAGCGCCGGCGGCAGGCGCUGGCCGCGGAGCUGGGGCUGGCUGAAGCUCAGAUCAAGAUCUGGUUCCAGAACAAACGUGCCAAGAUCAAGAAAGCCAGCGGCCAGCGCAACCCGCUCGCCCUGCAGCUGAUGGCACAAGGGCUGUACAACCACAGCACUGUACCCUUAACAAGAGAAGAAGAAGAGUUGGAGAUGAAGGCAAGAGAAAGAGAGAGAGAGGCACAGGCUCGGCCGUAGACUUACUCUUCAAACAAAUAAACCCAUCCCAGAAUCAGGAGUAAUGUAGAUAAAGGAGAAUAGAGCCAUAAAUGAUGAUGAUGAUGUCGUCCCAGAAGUAUCCAUCGACGGCGACAUGCUUUGGCCCUUGCACGGGCAUAACAUGACUAUCAAAACCAUAAUUAGUUCUGAAAAUGAUUUUGAAAGCAUAAAAAAGAGCCUCAAGUAGAAGAAAACGACUUGCAGCCAGUUUUGAUACGCCAAAAACAAGGCGGCCAGCUCAUGGCCAUUUUAGUUCUCGUGUGUACAAUACAAGCAAUAAAGUACUUAGUUCUGGGGGUUUAAAAAGGCUACAUUGAAGCAAUUUACCUAAAAUCAAUAUUGCUAUUCGGCAUGUGUUGACACUGCGCUAGUUUCUAUGAGCAAAUGUCAAAUUGCAAUAUUGCUUUUGAAUUGAAAUUGUAAUACACGAUAAACCUAAAAUAUACACUUGGAAAUUGGCUUUCGUUAGCAAUUAAUUAUUAAAUUCAAAACUAUUUGACAUUAUUGGUUCACAUUUAUUUUGACUUUUAUUAUUGAAUGAAAUCAGAAUUGUUAUUGAAUGAAAUCAGAAUUGCAUUGUAAAAAAUUGAAUUUUCAUUUUUAUAAAACGUCAAUUGUAAUAUAUUAAAUAUAAUAAGUACUCUACAUAUAACGUAUAUUAAAUGCGCUAUAGGUAUAUUAUAUUUAAUAAUAACAUUGGACGGUCAAUAUAAUCCCCGAAAAAGCGUGUUAAUAAUGUAAAUACACUUAAUAAAAAUAAAAACCCACAAUUUUAAUUUAUUUCAAUUUUACUAAAUUAUCUUCUAAAAUGUAAAUACGACAUAAUUGUAAUUGUUCUGAAACUUGUAGAUGCACAAAAUAUACAUUUUUAUCUUCAAUCAUGGAAUAAUUUAAAAAGCAAUAUAGAAUUUCAUUAAAAGAAUUUAAAUAUUAAAAAUACUAAAUCAUUUUGUUUCAAAAUAAAAAUGUCCUAAAAUUCAUUUUGUAUAAAUUCAAAUUCAAUUUAAAAUGUUGGAAUUGUAAAUACAUUUUAGAUUUAAAUUACAUUUUAAUUAAAUAAUUUAAUUUAAGUUAUUUAUUGUGCAAUGUAGCAGUAUUAGAAGAACAAUAAAGGUUGAUGACAACUCGAAAUAUAAAUCGUGUGUUAGAAAAAGAAAAUUUAUUUCAGCUGUUGUCAACCUUUAUUUUCUAAAAGUAGCGAUUUAUAAAAAAUCCUAAUUAAAAAAAAUUGGAAAUA